AUGAAACGAACAACCUCCGUUAAUUUUAUUAAUAGCGCUAACAAGGAUACUUUUAGUAAAAGAGCAAGACAAAAACGUUUUCAACGCGUCAAGAAUGAGAACGAAUUCGAAUAUUGGAAUUCAAUUAUAAACAAACAUGUCAGCCUGCUAGGAGAAACAACUAAAGUCUUUACGCGUGAUGGCAGCUCUUAUAAUCUUUUUAUUCCAGGAAUAAAUAUUAUCCCAUCACUUCAAGAAAUUAAUAAAAUAGUUUAUAAAGAAGAAGAAUGUUUUAUUAUCCUUUACAAGUUAGAGUUUAUGGAAUCACGACUGUUCCCUAUAAUUCUUUUAAACGGUCGUCUUGAAAAUAAUUCACAAAGGGAAACUUCACGAAUAUGCGAUGCUCCUUGCUCCGGAAAUCUAACCAUUAACGAGAAAUUAAAAGCUCAUUUUGAUUUGAUCGUUCAAUUUUGCAAUGAGAAUCUUUUCGAGAUCAUUAUGAUUAUGGCGAGCGAUAAAAAUGAGGCUAUUUGGCAUACACUUAUCUUAGAGAUUUUUUAUCACAUUCUUGGGUAUAAUAGUUCUGACGAUUUAUUCACAGAUCCAAAAAUGGAAGCAUCAUCAAAAGGGGUUAAAUUAAUGGAACAAAUGAAAAAUAAGCAAGACAAAAUACGUAAAAAAGUUUCUAAGGUUUGCCCUAAAGUAUGGGUAGAUACUAAAAAAGGUUAUGAGGUACCAGUAGAUAUACGACAAACCUGGCAAGAAAUUCCAAGAUCUGAUUCAAUAGGACUGAGAGAAAAAACUGAGAAUGGGCAAAAGAUCUUGACUGAACAUGUUAAUAAGAAAAGACGCGUGGUUCUUAAUGAUCAAACCCGGAAAUGCAUGAAAUUAGCUUCAUUAAAAAUAAUUACAAGCAAUGCGUUCGAAGUUCUCAUCAUCACGAUCCAAAGAGAAAUUAAGGCUAAUCUAGAUAAUCCUGACAUUAAUAAGAUCAUUGCUUAUUAUUUGUAUUUAGUCGAUUAUAUUUUAAAUUUCAGGAUACGGUUAACUUCAGAAAAUUCAUUAUUUUUAAAAGAUGGAGUCUUGUUGUCAAUAUAUAAGAUAUCUGAUAUUUCUCAAGUACUUCCUGCUAUAACUGUCGAAUCGUUCGAAUGGACGUUUUCUUUAUUAGUAAAAUGCGAACCAAAAGAGAAUUCGAAUCGGAAUUUACAAUAUGCUUUUAAAUGCUUAAAAAGUAUGUUAUUAACAAUAAAACAUGCACUUAAUGGAUCAAAUCACGAAAUGGCGCUGUCUAUAUUAAAAAAUAUAUAUGAUAAUGAAGUUUAUACAAACCGUAUCCUUGAUCUUCUUAAGAAUAUAGAAAUUCUUACUUUCAAAGAACAAAAGGCAUUACUUUCUGCUGUUUACGCUUAUUUAGAAACAUUAGAUCAUUAUGAGGGAGUGACACAAUUGUCCGAUGGGCCCCAAAAGAAAUUCAUCACUGAUGAGAUUAUAAAAAAUUAUUGUAAGAUACUGGAAGAAUAUAGCAAAUUAGAUGACGAAGAACUCAAUUAUAUAGUAGAAUUUUUUUAUCGUAUCUGGUAUAAAUACGAUCUUGAAGGGAUGUUUUACAAGAUAACGAUUAUGUUUCUUUUUAGUCGUAUCUUGGAUGAUAUUGGACAUCGUCAAGAAGUAACGUUGGGUCAAGAUGAAUUAUUGUCAUUCAUUUUGAAUAUUAGUAACAAGUUACUUAGUGAGAUUUCAAAGAAUUCUUUAUUAUUUGUUGAACUUUUGUAUCCCAAAAGUUUUGAAGAUUGUCAAAUAUUACAAUAA